CAGGUUUACUGCUGGAUAUUCAUUGCACAAUGAGAACACGUCUGAUUUUGUUAGCAUGGCUUUACCUGUGGGUGGAAGCAAAAGGUGUGCUGAGGACUACAGGGGGACUAAGCCAAGAAACAUGGAGCCAGAUGAGAGCAGACCGAGGGCCAGAGGUGCUCAGACGCUCCAAACGAGGGUGGAUGUGGAACCAGUUCUUCCUGUUGGAGGAAUAUACAGGAAAUGAUGAUCAGUAUAUCGGAAAGCUGCACUCGGAUAAAGACAGAGAGGACGGGAAGGUGAAGUACGUCCUUUCUGGAGAAGGAGCGGGAACCAUAUUUGUCAUCAAUGAGAAUUCGGGUGAUCUCCAUGCCACGAGGAGGCUGGACCGCGAGGAGAAAGCGUCUUACACUCUGAGUGCGAAGGCGGUGGAUAAAGCGACAGGUCGAGACCUCGAGGGUCCGUCAACAUUCACCAUCAAAAUCCACGACAUUAACGAUAACGAGCCCAAGUUUACUCAAGACCCCUACAUCGCCUCUGUACAGGAAAUGGCUGACGUCGGUACGCUCGUUGUCCAGGUAACAGCAACAGAUGCUGAUGAUGCCAUGUACGGAAACAGCGCCAAAGUUGUGUACAGCAUUCUGCAAGGACAACCCUAUUUCUCUAUAGAGCCAGAGACAGGGAUCAUCAGGACAGCUCUGCCCAACAUGAAGCGUGAAAACCGUGAACGUUACCAGGUAGUUAUUCAGGCUAAAGAUAUGAUGGGACAGCUGGGUGGUUUGACCGGGACCACCACAGUCAACAUUACACUGGUCGAUGUCAACAACAACCCACCCCGAUUUACCCAGGGUGUGUACCACUUUACUGUCCCAGAGGUGGCUGAGGUGGGUAGUGAAGUGGGUGUGGUCAAGGCUACAGACGCAGACGUUGGCAAGAAUGCUGAGAUGAGCUACAGAAUCACAGAUGAGCAGGACACGUUUCAAAUCAGCACGAACCCCAGUACGCAGGAUGGAGUGGUCAUUCUGAAGAAGCCCCUGGAUUAUGAGAAGAAGAUGUCAUACACACUCAGCAUACAGGUGGAAAACGUGUACCUGGACCCUCGGUUUCAGAUGUCCGGGGACUCUGCUAUUGUGAAGGUCACUGUAGAGGACGUUGAUGAGCCGCCGGUUUUUAAACACCCUGCCUAUGUAAUGGAGAUCAAAGAGGACGCCCAGAUUGGAACAGCUAUUGGAUCCGUCAGUGCUGCAGACCCGGACGCCAAGCGCAAACCUGUCAGGUACAUGAUAGACUGGCACACAGAUAUGGAUCAUGUGUUCAACAUCCACCCGAAUAAUGGCUCGCUCUUUAUCUCACGCUCUCUGGAUAGAGAGGAAAAAGCCUGGCACAAUGUAUCAGUGCAGGCGACUGAACACAACGGCCUGAUCGGUCACGUGCCCGUCUACAUCAAAGUUCUGGAUGUUAAUGAUAACGCACCCACCUUCGACAUGACAUACGAAACGUUCAUCUGUGAAGACACCAAAGUGGGUCAGACGAUCCAAACCGUGAGCGCGUCUGACGCCGACCAGCCCCUCAGAGGACAUCGUUUUUAUUUCCAUUUAGCGUCCGAGUCUUUUGAGAAAUCCAACUUCUCUGUUCGAGACAACAAAGAUAACACAGCCGCGAUACUGACUCAGCGCAGCAGCUACAGCCGCAUGGAGAGGAGUUCAUUUCAGAUUCCUGUAGUGAUCACGGACGGAGACUUCCCAGCUCAGAGCAGCACAAAUACGCUAACGAUACGUGUGUGUGCAUGCGACAGUGACGGAAACGUGAGGAAAUGCGAAGCAGAGGCGUUCGCACUUAAUGCAGGACUUAGCACAGGAGCGCUAAUCGCGAUUCUUCUCUGUAUCGUCAUUUUGCUAAUGCUUGUUGUCUUGUUCACGGCUCUGAAGAGGCAGCGAGAGAAGCUCGAUCCUCUCAUCAUCUCCAAAGAGGACGUGAGGGACAACGUCGUGAGCUAUGAUGAUGAAGGCGGAGGUGAAGAAGACACGCAAGCGUUCGACAUCGGAACUUUGCGAAAAGCUGAGUCGCUUGACGAUACCAAGCAACGGCGAGACGUCGCACCCGAGAUCCUGCGGCGCCCAGCGCCGAAAAUCCACAAUAAGUCCGAACCUGACAUCCACGACUUCAUCUCCCAGAAGCUGUCCGAGAACGAUUCGGAUCCAACGGCACCACCGUACGAUUCGCUGGCCACGUAUGCGUAUGAAGGGAACGGUUCCACUGCUGAGAGUCUGAGCUCUCUGGACUCGGUCAGUAGUGAUGCUUGGAGUGAUUAUGAGGUUCUCAAUGAGCUGGGGCCGAGAUUUAAGAGACUCGCAGAAAUGUACGGCGGAAAGGACAGCGACAGGGAAUCGUAACGAACCUGCAAAGGGCGGAUGGGUUGGACUGAAACAAGUGGCCAGGAUUUUAAAAACCGGCAGAGGUCUACCGCAAAGAUUUACAGUAAAGCAGGACAGAAUGGAGCGACUUUCGAGUACGGAUUUCGGAUGGAUUUCUUUUGCAAUAUUUUCUUUGAGAAAAAAUUCUAACUAUAUACAUAACAGACGCAGGAAGACGUAUAUGUGUCCUGCCUACGAGUGAGAAAUGUAAGCUUUAAGAAAUGUACAAAGACCAGAGGAUUACAGAUGAAGAGAUUUUUAGAAACUUUGAGAAGUGUAAAGAUUUGACAUCCAGUGCUUAAAAGUGUACAAAAUGUUCAGUUGUACCUGCAAUUUUUUUGCAAUAAAACUAACUGUUACUAAUAACAUGAUUAACAUCAAUCAACAGAGGAAGCUACUGUUACAAAUUGUGAGGAAA